AUGCGCGGCCAACCUCCCUGGGGCUGGGAUCGCAGCGUUGGAGGUCAGUGGGGCUAUGCGCCGAUGCAGGUCAUGCAAGAGACCCCGGCGGGGUCCUCUGGCUGGAAUUCGUUUGCGCCCUGCGCUCCCGCCAUGUGGGGAGUUCCUGAGGCUCCGGCGAUGUGGCACACGAAUGACCAGCAGGGCUUGCAUCUGCAAGCAAUGCAUCCUUAUCCCCAAGGCGGAAGCCCUGAGAGAUAUGGUGAGACGGCGGCGUGUCUGAUUCCACGCCUGACCCGCGAGGUGGUGGUAGACAUGCCAAUGCCGAGGGAGGAGAUUCCCGGACAGCACUCGGAGUGGCAAACGGCAGGGACGGCAGCGUUGCUUUCGCGGCCUUUACCUGUACAUGCAGUCGGCAGAGACGGCCCAGCAGGUGGCAAAGGUGGGUUGUCCCGACGCCCAUCGGCAGAAAGGCCCAAGGACGAGCAGGCUGGAAUGGGGGCCAGCUCGCUGCCACGCCAGCAGGCCUUCCAUCGCAAAAUGCGCAACAUCCAGCUGAACAAGGAGUUGCUGGGCUGUGACAGCCCCGAGAAGGUCCUGAAGAUCUGCGACGAGAGCUUAGAUGAGUUCAACCAGGUCAAUGUGGUGACGGCCUUGCAUCGCAUCGCCAAGCACCACAACAAGGGCUCCGGUGGGGAAGCCAAGGGAAGUGCUGACGUGGACGUCGAAGGCCGUCACUUCGUGACGACGCCUGGCUGGGAGACCUGGUCGCCAGAGGAUUGGAAGAAGCCCGAUUACUGCCCAGAAUGGGCCUGGGCGGAGGAGGAAGCGCCGCAUGCCAAGGGAGCCGAGGAGAGAAGGAGGGAGAUCAUGGCGGCGGCGAACGAAUGGAGGAACCGCAAGGCUUCCGCCAAGGGCAGCAAAAGCAGCCCAAAGGGAAAAGGAGAAGCCAAAGGAAAGGCGGAGAGCAAAGGAAAAGCCCAAGGCAAAGGCAAGGGCGAUAGCAAAGGCAAAUCCGAUGCAAAAGGCAAAGCAGAUGGCAGAGGCAAAGGCGACAAGGGAGGAAAGUCCAAGGGCGCGAAGGGCCAGUCGAAAGGCGCUCAGUGGUGGCACUGA